UGUGUAUUAUGCCUAUAUGGCUUUUUGCACCACUACCCAGAACCACCAGCUGGUUUAAUGGGAUUUGCUUUUGCACCUUUCGAAAACAUAGCAUAGAGGACAUAUCACAUAAUGAGCAUAACGGGGUGUAUUAACCUAUUAUCUAUCCUGAGAGCAGUCCAAUUACUUGGCUUGAAUACAUACAUAUGUAACUAUGAAUCGUCCUCUCUUAUAGGGGCUCUAAUCAAUGAAUGUAUUCGAACUUCUAAUACUGAAAUUAGUGGGUAUCCGCGCCCUAACCGACUUCAUAAUAAUACGAUGCAUCAUCUCCACACCCCUUAAUAGGCAGCUUAUUAACGCUUCCACCUAUAAGACUCAGUAGCUCUUCCGAAAGCGGCAAUUUUCUUAAUUAUGACUCAGCUCAUCGAUGUCAACUUCAACAUAUAAGUGCUUAUAGUCUUUAUACCAUCGAUAGGUUCAAAAUAGUAGAAGAUUAACUACUUAUCAACUACCCCUCGAGGCUUAAUAAAUUGAAUAGGUUACUUACCUCUUACCUUAGGUACCUAACCUAGGCUGUUAUAAAUGUCUCUCCAAUUCGUCACCCUCGACGUCUUCACGUCCCAGCGACUCCAAGGCAACCCCCUCGCCGUAGUCACCGUCCCAGCGGCACUCAAAGACAGCCUCACACAAGCCACCAAGCAGAAGAUCGCGCAGGAGUUCAAUCUCUCGGAGACGGUAUUUCUGCACGACGCAGCUGAGCCGGACGCUGGGAGCGAAGAGCGCCACGUCGAUAUCUUCACCGUCGAACGGGAAAUCCCAUUUGCCGGCCAUCCGACCAUCGGCACCGCCGUGCUGGUCAAGUAUCACCUGCACCCGCACGUGCAGACGCUCGUCACGAAAGCCGGUCCUAUUGGUAUCGCCCCGCAGCCGGAGAGCCGGAUCCGCGCUAAGAUCCCGCACGACGUGCACCUGCACGCGCAGACGCUCGCGGAUGUCGUCGAUGAUGUAGCGGCGGCUGCGGGGCUCUCGCCCGACGCGCAGAUCCGGGAGGCGGAGCUGCGGGCCCCGGUGUUCAGCAUCGUCAAGGGCAUGGCGUUCGUGCUGGUGCGGCUGGCGUCGCUGGAGCUGCUCUCGCGCGUCAGCACGGGGUACAGGCUCGACUUCGAGGCGCUGCCUAGGCCGUUGCUGGACGAGGGGCCCUGGGGGGGCGGUUUCGUGUGUCGGUAUUACUACGUGGAUGUGGGCGGCGAGGAGGAGGAGGGGGAGGAGGAGGGGGGCGGCGCUAGGGGUAUUCGCGCGCGCAUGGUGGAGGUGGGGUUCGAGGACCCGGCUACGGGGAGCGCGGCGUCGGCGCUGGCGGCGUAUCUUACGCUGGAGGAGGAGAGGAUGGGGAGGAUGUUUAGAGUUACGCAGGGGGUGGAGAUGGGGCGGAAGAGCGAUAUUAGUGUUGAGACUACGACGAGGGGGGGUGGUGCUGAGGGGGAGGUUGGGUUGGUGGAUUUGUGGCUGGGUGGGACGGCGGUUGUGGUGUUGAAGGGGACUUUGACGCUUGAUGGGCUUGCUUGAGUGAUGUGUUAGUGAUGCUCAUUUAGCCGUUAUACUGUAG